GGCCUCGGCAACCAUCGCAUCACACUCGGCGGUCACUUUUGGGUAACCGUUCAGAACGAACAGGCCCAAGUAGAGUGUUUGCAGCAUAGACGACACGGCAUGCCGCCUCCAGCAGCAGCCUCGUUGAGCCCGCCAGAGAAGGUUGGUCAUGACCCCAUCCUCGAAAGGCUUGCCGUGACGGGGACAUUCGACGUCGACUGGCCAACGUUGCAGAAGCACCUACACACCGCGCUCGUCGCUGCGCUGCCACUGUUUCUCGCCAAGGGCCAGCCGCAGAGCCAGGCCGGGCGUAUCAGCAUUCAGCCAGCGCGUUCUCCGACGAUCACAAGACAAGGCGGACCAGGCGUCGGCGAGUCGCUACUGUUGUCGCCGUCGGCGCGUCCCGUCGGAGAAGGCUGGUCGCAUGAGUCGGCCGAAGGGAGCGGGAGCCGGCUGUCCCCUGGAGGGUUGGAAGGCUCGGCGUCGCCCGAGUCUGCACUCCGUCCGUCCACACCUGGUGGACUCGUGAUCGCCCCCUUCCCUCCCCUGGAUCCGAAUGCGCGCCGCAGGAGCAUGUCUGCGCCAGGAGGGAACAUGUCUGCGCCAGGAGGGAGCCCGAAGAUCAACGGCGGGGGUGUGGGCGGCAGAGGAGGCAACCCGUACGACGAAGAGUGGGACGAGGAGAUUCUCAUCGGUGGCCGCAAGUUGCCAGGAUGGCUGGAUGAGGAGGAAGGCCGCAGGGAUGUUGACAAGGUCGCUACCAAGCUUGACGAGUUGCCAUUCGCUCCCUUCACCGUCCAGCGCCUUGCCGAGUUGCUGAUUGCGCCGACCGCGAUGCACUCGACAAUAGGCAAGUUCCUCCGAGCAGUCGACAAGACGCUCAACGUCACGACGCCGUAUGCUCCGCCGUCGUACACGUACGUGCCACCGUCAGCGCUCCCUAUCACCUUGAGCCCGGGAUCCCCACACUCGUCAAUGUCCGCCGAAUCGGAUGUCGACUCCACAGUCCCACCGGGGUCCAUGACGCCCAUGUUCAGCCCCAUCCCCUUCCUUGCGAUUCGACCAGACAUGGAGAUGCUGGGAGAGGGUCGCACGGACGAAGCACUCAUGUCGCCGCUUCUUCUCGGAGAGAGUUCAAGGAUGGGUGGGGCGGGUUCCGUGUUCGCCAGCCAGCAGCAACAGCAGCCUCAGCAGCAGCAGCACCAACAACAGCAGCAACAGCAGCAGCAGCAGCGGCCCGAGCAGGCAGCCGGCCGGCGAUCGCCCACGCCGGAGCCAGAGGAUGAUGCUGAGCCGACAGCAACAGAGGCGACGUCAAACGGGGCGUCAGAUCCGCCAGCAGCCUCCUCCUCCGAGGCCGAGGCCGAAGUUACAGACCCAGGGCAUCAGCCGUACCUCGGCCGGGUGGACGAGCUGGACUCUGGGCCAAUCACGGCCAACGGCCACUCGGCAGACAAGGACAAGGACGAACACGACGACGGCCCACGUGGUGUCGGCGAGGCGGGCAACAUGACCCCUCACGGCAUGAGCGAUCGCCCCGUCCCUCUUAGCAGUACGACUGUUAUCACCGAGAGCGAGCGUGAGAUUGCCCCUGUCCCGCGGACACGGUCCCAGUCAACAUCAAUAGCGACCGAGGAAGAGGAAGAGGCGAAAGAGGAGAAGAUCGAGGCGGAGACGGCGUAG